AUGCUGCCGAGCAUCCUCCGGGCUCUGGCCACUAGGACACCCCAGGCAGGCCGGUUCCGCCAGCACACAGUAGGCGCUGGCGAUGGACGUGUGUGUUGGGGAGUUGCAGCCCCGCACCCCGGCGGCCCCAGGGGCCUGAGGUCCUCGCCGCAGGUGAGGUCAUCGGGGUCAUUCUUGGGGGGGGCCCUUUGCCCCUCCCCCCGCGGGGGCCUCCGCGAGCGGCGGCCGCCGUGGCCGGCUUCUUACCUAGCUCUGGGUCACGAACGAGGCAAAAGCGCCGCCGCCGACGCUCUUCACUUCAGGGCCUCGAGCUUCCCCCUCAGUCCCGGAUCCCGAACACCUUCGCAGUCUUGUUACCCUGGCAACGACCGCCACCGGAAGUCGGAAGUGGCGAGAGGGCAGGGCUGGCGGCCCAAGCGUGACCUCGCGCAAGGCGCCUUUGACGUCGGCGACGUAGGGGACGCAUGCGCGUGCGCGUACGCCUGGCCCUCGCGGAGAAGGCCCCAGUUUCCGGCCGGCGCGGAACAGCGCCCCAGCGUGGGGCGGAGCGGGAGCGUCUCGGAGGAGGUGGAGGCCAUUCCGGUUCCGGUAGCGCGAGAUGCCGCGGCCCCUGGGCGCUCUGACGUCACCCCUGCUCCCAUCCCUGCUCUCGCUGCCCGAGGAACGUGUCCAUCCUCAGACUCUGGGCGUUUCCUAGGCCGACUUAGCGGUUUCUCACGUGGAGCAGCCCCACCCGGCCCUAUGCCUUUCACUUUUGUUAAAAGAUCCCUGAAGUUGGAUGUCUUAUUACAGGAAAAUUCCCCUAAAUCUCGGCAAACCAGAGGACAGUUAAUAGCAUCUUACUCACCGACAACAGGAACUCGCCAGAUCAGUCCAUAUUCAUCUCCCAAACGUCAUCAUGGGCGAGAGCUCGGAAAUGGACCUUCAAAUGGGCAAAUGGAACUUGAUCAGCCGCACGCGUUCCCCAGAAGAGGGCAGCCUCGAGCAGGAGACAAAGAUGACACCAUGAUAUUACUCUAUAAAAUUGACAACUCCUUAGAAAAAUUCACAGAAACGUGGAAAAGUUUAAAGCAUUUACAGGCCCUGUUGGCCCAGCCAGAGCUGGAAAAUCUCAUCGGUGUUUCCUGUACGUCAUCGGAUUUGAGAAGCCAAGUGCAGAAGACCAGAGAACUGAUGAUGAAAGUAAGAAAACAGGAACAGCUGAAAAAGGAAACAGGAAAACAAUUCCCAAGAGGGUGUUUGCGUAGACAGUUGUUGGCCUGCUGUCUCUCCCAUUUCACUGGGAGCUCCGCCUUAAGGCAAGGAUUAUCCCCAGCACUUAGCACAGUGCUUGGAACUUAGUAGAUUUUGGUCAUCUCAACAGCUAUGAAUUCCUCAAAUCCAUUAUUAACUGAGGCAUUAGGAAGAAAUGCAUUCGGUAUGAACACCAAAUUCGACAUCUGUUUGGUCAUAUUUAAAGGGACAGAAGAAAUGUUUGUAAACCAAUCUGCCUAGCAAAUACCAGUUCAGGAUGGCUCACGGAACUAGGCAGGUGCACAUCGAGAUGAAAUUUCUUGCAUCUAAUUUAAACUUUACUACACACACCAGCAGAUAAUCUCAAUGUAAAUAAUACAUUUCUUCAUGACUCUUUUAUGAAAGCUUGUAUGUAAAAGGAUCCUGAUUUAUUCUUCUGUAGCACAGCUUUUUAUACUUUAAGUACAGUUUCUUAUAUGGAGGUUUAAUAAAGCACAUAAUGGUAUACUU